CCCCCUCUGUCCCGACACCGUCAUCCCGGACCCCCAACUCCUGACUCCUACCCCCGGCGCCUGUGCAAUCGCUUUAAGAUGUUGGAAAGGACCCUGAGAUGGGAGCUAGCGAGAGGCGGGCAUGUGAGGAUUUUAAAACUUAUGUAGACCAGGCAUGUAGAGCUGCUGAGGAGUUUGUCAGUAUUUACUAUGAGACAAUGGACAAAAGAAGACGGCUACUGACCCGGCUGUAUCUGGACAAGGCCACUUUAAUAUGGAAUGGAAAUGUUGUUACAGGGCUAGAAGCCCUAGCUAAUUUUUUUGAGGUGUUGCCUUCUAGUGAAUUCCAGGUUAAUAUGUUAGAUUGCCAACCAGUUCAUGAGCAAGCUACUCAGGCUCAGACUACAGUUCUUGUUGUGACCAGUGGAACUGUGAAGUUUGAUGGAAACAGACAGCACUUCUUCAAUCAGAACUUCCUGCUGACCGCUCAGACUACUCCUGACAACACUGUGUGGAAGAUUGCAAGUGAUUGCUUCCGUUUUCAAGAUUGGGCUACUAGCUAAAGGAGGGGAAGGUCCAUUCUCCUUUGGUCCAUUAGUUUUAGCAAUGCAGUUUAUGUGAAUUCAUUUCAUUGUUUAAAUUCCUAGCAGCACCUUUUCUAGCAGCUGGUAGUUGGGUUAUUGCCCUUAAGAGCUUUAAUGCUAGUUUUUUACAUGCCUUACAUUUCACUAAUGAUAUUAAUUUAGUAAUAUAAACACAUGGUCUCUGUACUAACAUACUCACUGUGAGCCCAGCCUAUUCCAAAAAUGAAAUCCUUUUAUACUAUGCAGGAUAGCGGCACAACAUAACUCUCUGGGAGGAAGUGGAGUGGGUUUUUUUUGUUAUUAGGUUAAUUUUAUAGUAGAACACAUACCUAUUUUCAGUAAACAUGUAAUACAGUUUUGGUAUAAGGCUUUUUCAGAUCAGUUCAAUGAAAAUAUCACUAAUUUUGGUUUGCAUACUACUCUGACAUAAUUAGAAUCACAGGUAGAGAUGUUCAUUGGUCUUUUUUUAUGUUGCCUAAUGUUUUCUAUGUUGACAUGUUCUUAUGAAGUGAAUUAAUCUACUAAAGAGAGAUAAUAUGUUCUUAGGUGAUACCUGAGUAUUGGAUAUACUCAGUGAUUUAAAAGCAAAACUUCUUAAAAAGAUUUUUCUUGGCAGCUCCAGGUUUAUAACCUGAGGUAAUGAAUGGUAGUGGGACUAACAGCUUUAAUGAGAGAAUGGGGAGUGAGAAAUAACAGAGAUCCAAGGUUGGCCAAAAGUUAGGAGGGGUGGUCAAAUGGUAAAUUUUUGGUACGUGUUUUCUACCUCCUAAAAAUGUAGCCUUUUUUAGGGUUUAUGUCAUUAAGGUAAUAAGUAUUGCCAAAUGGUCACGAGUGUCACUUUUGUUCUAAAAAUUAAUUUUAAGGGUUAUUCCAGUUCACCUCAUACCACCAAUAUAUGUCUCAGUGUAUUCAAGAACUUAUGGGGGUAAAGUGUCAGCAAUAAACCUGACCCUGCAGUAGGGUCUGACAGGAAAGUGGGAAACAAAGCCAUUGCUUUCUCUUUGGGACACGCUUAACUUCUAAGUCUUCCAUGUAAACUUCAAGCCAAAAGUCUCCUGUGUACUAUCUACCCCCAAAGUAAGUGAUUUCUUUUCUGUGUUUUACACUGUGAACUACAUUAUUAUUUUUGCUCAUUAAAGUUGAAAUUAUUUAAUUUUAUGAUUUGUUCUUUUAUAUGGCAUUGUGAGCAAAUAGAUUUGUUUCAAGACAUGUCCCAGUUAAGUCCUUGUCUUUUUAACAACAAAGUAGAGAGCAGCAGAUCUUUAUUAGCCCAUAAACUUCAAAAGAACAAAUUGAUUCAUUUUAUCUCUCAAAAUCUAAAGAGAAAGAAAUACAGCUUUGGUUUUUGGUUAAACAUUAAAUGUUUUUCCAUUCUUGAAUUUAUUGUUUUAAUGUUUUUAAGCUAGAUAUGCCAGCUUUGUACAUUGCAAUUCAAAGUUAAUGUUUCUUGUCACUUCAUUUGAAAAACAGUAAUUCAUUUACUCUUCCUCUAAACAAUACAUUAUAUUUCUGAUAUAUUAAUAAAAUAGAAUUAAAUAGGAAAAGGGAGUGGAAUUGAAAUUUAGACCCCUCCUUUUUGUAAUAUUAAUCAAAACUUAUACUUUAUUCAAAAUGAACUUAUUCAGAUUUUGGAUUGGCUUUUUAAAAACCACAGUUUUAACAGCAGUAGUCAGAGUGCCCAAACACUGCCCUUUCCCUUGUGGAGAGCAGUCUCAAGUAAAAGCUGCAAAUAACUAGCAAUAACUAAAUUGAGCGGUUGUAUACUAUUCAUGAACUGAAUGUUUUAAGACUCGUGUAUGAACUGCUUUUUCCAAAUUCUGUGUAACUUUUAAAUGAUUGGAACUACUCUUGUAUGGACUAGACUGUAUUUUUGACAUGCACAUAUUUUUGUAACUUGAAAAAAAUAAAGUUUGUCUUGAUAAGUUUU